AUGGACCCUUUCGAUGCAGUCGUCAAGCUGGACGUCACGGUCCUCGCUACCCCGCGCCUGCUCGACAAGCCCCACGACGCGCCCAAAGCACUGCCAUCGUCGUCGUCGAGCUUGGGCCACCACCCCAGUCGUCGCCUUCCUCCCGAGGUGCGACGCGCUCGCCAUCGGGACCGGAUGCAGCGCCAGCGCCUGCUGGAGAAAAAGAGCAUUGAGCUCAAGCGCCUUGAAGUGCACCGGCUGUCGCGCGAGUUAACACGGGUGACAAACGUGCUGCUCCGCGAGCUAUCGGAAGCCACUUGUCAAGCAGACGACCUGUCAAGUCCUGACGGGGACGAAGCCGACCUCAACGACAAGCACAAGCGCUUGCUCGACGCGAGCACAGCGACUCAAUGCGUACAGCAACGAUAUGUCCGACUCGUCAUGCAGCAGGGGACCAUUGCCGAAGAGAAUCGACAAUUGACGGCGCGCUUUCACGAGUGGCAGCGCUUUCGGCACCUCCUGGCAGUCGAGCAAGAGCGCGUAGCGCCAUUGGACGCACGAAGCGGAGGACCCCAUGCAUUGGGAACGCCCGCGCGGUUCCGCGCAGCAGGUCACUGGCUCACGUUCGUCCCCGAAGAGCCAGUGCUGUUUUACCAGCCGCUUUCGAAGAACGCGUGCCACGAGCUCGUGUUUACGGGGUACCAGCGCAUGCAGGAAGUCGCACGUGGCCCUGGCGCGCGGGACCUCUACAAUGAAGCGUUUGGCUGGAAAGUGCGCUUCUCCAUGUCCCUUAACAACAACAACAGUGCCCCACAAAGCGACGGGCAGCUUGGCCAAGCCCAGAUGCAACACCGCUUUUCCAAGCGCAUUCGGGCCAUCGAUGCCAAUGGCGACCGCGUGACCGGCGACACGUUGGCGCAAGCGACGUGGAAAGUCAUUCGUACGCCCGAGUUGUAUUCGCAAAUGUACCGCACGCCGCUGACGUCCAAGAUCGUGCAGCGAGUGGACGCGCGCACGAGUGUCAUGAUGCGGACAUCCCCCGAUGAAAGUGCUAUCAUGAGCAUGCGCUUUGUGUGUUUAGUGGCGCAAGUGCACGACUGCGCUAGUGACGAGACGGCGGACCCGACUUUGGCAAGUGGGGCUCGACGCCGCCGCGUGACGAUCGUGAGCUCGAUUUUGGACCCGAACAGAGUGUUUCCGUACAUUGACACGAACGUCCCUGACGCUCCCUAUGAGUGGAUGCGCGACGGCAUGAGUUACCUCUCGUUCACGGAGAUUGACGACGAAGAUAUGGUUGAGAUUGAGUAUGGUGGGUUGAUGAACGUGGGCAGCGAGACGGCUUCGUGCACGGGCUUGCCGUUUGCAGCAAUGAACAUGGGGGAGGCACUCGUGCGCUGGGAACAGUUUGUCACUCCGAUGCGGACAUUGUUACUCUCUGAUAAAUAA